GAAAGUUCAAUUGCAUAUGGUAUGAGAAAGAUGAUUGAUGCUGAAUAAAAAAGGACAGAUAAAUCAAAUAAAAUUAUGUUUAUGGAAAGAGAAUGUUAAGAGUUAUAGAAAUCUGUUGAAGAUUUAGAAUAAAAAAUUUAAUAUACAAAAAAAGUUGAAACUGAAAAAUUAUAAAAAGUAAUUAUAUAAAAUGUUCUAAUUAAUAGGAAGCUGAAAACCACAAAAAUGAAAUAGAGAAAAUUAGAGCGUACAAUAACUCUCUAAAAGAUGAGUUAGGCAAAUUGUUAGAAGGCAGAAGAUGAC